GUUGCUAAGUCGUUACUAAAGUUUCAUCGCUCCGGAGUGGUGGCCAGACCCAUAGUUCUUCAAGAGCUUCCGACCCCGAAACUUGUGCGCUUUUCGUUGCUCUCGCUACAAACAAGUAAUCCAAGCAUGAAGGGCCCAUGUGUUCGAGUGUUUGUGACUCUGGCUUCGGCGACCGCCUUCCUCCUGUCGAUCCUCACGCCCACCGCCCACGCCCAAGAGCCUUCUGUUUCUAGUAAAUGGAGGGAUUUCUUGAAGACUUCGAAAAAUGACAUCGAUAUUGAGAAGAUGUUCCCCAAAUUAGUAAUGACCAACAUGGGAAACGAAGGAAGCAGGCAGGGCUGUAAGGAAACAUUCAACUUAGACGCAGGGGAUGGUGCUCUAUUAUUUUCAGAUAAUGACGGAACCAAAGCGAAGUGCUCGUAUUCAGUUAAGGCUCCAGCUGGAGCAAUGAUAGACGUUGUGUGUCCCCAGUUUAACUUAAAUCCUGCAGGCUGUGGUUCUGAGAAAAUGAUCCUGAAGAUAAGCGGAGCGAAGCCGGCGACCUUCUGCGGGGAUGAAGGCCCAAACGGCAGGGUGCCCGCGAACAGCUUGACCAUCAUCUACAAGAGGAAGGCGCUGGGCCCGAACGAGUGCUCCGGUGGCUUCCUGUGUGCCGUCUUUGCAACUGAUGAAUGAAGCUUGAUCAACAUCACCAACAAAUUCCGGAAAACAAUGAAAUUCUUCAAGACUGGCUUUUCUGUGAUGGUUUUCUUCCUGGAUUUUAUUCAUUUAUUUAUUUAUCUAUCUAUAUUCUACUUUUUUGUCACGGCUGGUUUUUGUGUAAAGUGUUUCUCCUUGUCUUUCGGAUAACAGGUUUCUCUAUGGAAAUUUUUGGAAACCUAUGAAAUCCUUCAAAACUUUUUUUUGUGAGAUGGUUUUUCCCUUGAUACUUUUAAAAAAAUCUACAAAAUUCUUCAAGCCUGACUUACCCACAAGAAUUUUUUGAAGAUCAACGAAAUCCAAGAGUUGCUUGAAAAUGAACCCUUUUUGCAAAAUUUCUGAUUUUUUUUUAAAGCAUGUUUGGAGAAGCUAUUUAGACAAAUAUCAUGAUAUAUAUCCCCAAUAUUUAGCAGAUUGUUUGUGUUAUUUGGUAAUCCGAGAAUCACUAGACUUCUGUACAUGCACUAAAGGUUAAUAAAGAUUAAUGCAUAAGAAAAAAGGA